AGCGGCUAUUUGAGACGGGGAAAGGGCCACAUGCUGCCGCGCACCAGGACCAUGCAGAGCUCCAGGCUGCUCAGCGGGGCGCUCCUCUGCGCACUGAUGCUGCUCUCCAGCGCUGCCGGAGCCGAAGUGCUGGACACCGAGUCCGAGGAGGAGCUGAGCCCCAGAGCCCUGAGGGACUUCUACCCGAAAGGUCCGAACCUGACCAGUGAGAAGCAGCUGCUCGGAGCUCUCCAAGAAGUUCUUGAAAAGCUGCAGGCUAAACGACUGCCUCUGUGGGAAAAGAAAUUUGGCCAAGUCCCGACGUGUGAUGUCGGGGAGCAGUGCGCCGUGAGAAAAGGCGCUCGGAUCGGGAAGAUGUGCGACUGUCCCCGGGGAGCUUUCUGUAACUUUUUCCUGCUGAAGUGCUUAUGA